CUGUCCCUCACCAAGAUUUAAGCAGUUUGCUUUUCUACAUAAUAAAUAAUUUACUGUUCAAUUAAGCAACAAUUCCCAAUUUUUGAGAAGCAUGGAUGAUUAAUCCCUAAUCGCAAACAGAGAGAAAAAAAUGGCAGUCUCUUUUCGAUCCAUCUUCACAAACAAGAAUCCCAUCUCUUCCCUAAUCCCUUUCUCACCGACCCAUUUCCCAAAACCCCCAAUUUCGCCAUUUCCACCCCUAAAUUCACGACCCCAUCUCCCCAAUUACGCGUUCUUGACAUGCCAAUCCCCCGUUUCCCCCCUCAGAAAGGCCACCGCCUCUUUCAAUUUCGACGAUCUUCUUUCCAAUCUUGAAUUCUUGAGCCUAACUAUCUCGGCUGCGGUUUCGUUGUAUGCAGCAGUGAGCUACGGCUUGCAAAAGGGGGCGGUUCUUUGGUGGUUUAGGAGCAAGGUUUUUGUGUGGCAGUGUGUGGUGUUGGUGGCGAGCGUCGUGGUUGGGGCGGUGAUACGGCGGCGGCAGUGGCGGAGGGCGUGCGGGCCCGGGUUCUCGAAGGGGGCUAAUUUGUUGAGGAGAGUGGAGAAAUUGGAGGAGGAUUUGCGCAGCUCGGCGUCCCUCAUUCGGGCUCUGUCGAGGCAGCUUGAGAAGCUCGGUGUUCGGGUUCGGGCCGCCCGGAAAUCUCUGAAAGAACCGAUCUUUGAGACUGCAGCGUUGGCACGGAAGAACUCUGAGGUCACCCGAGCAUUGGCAGCACGUGAAGACGUUUUGGAGAAGGAACUCGGGGAGAUUCACACUGUUCUGCUAGCUAUGCAGGAACAACAAGAGAAAGUGCUGAACCUCAUCCUUGCUACUGGAAAAGCUAGGAAUCUGUUGAAUAGCAAACCUACACAAACUAUCGACCCGAACAAACCAGAGGCUUCAAACUCAUCAUCAAUGGCCGGCGAACAAAACACAGAAAUAAGCAACAAACUCGAGAAUCUGGAUGUUGCAAACGCGAGCCAAUAAGCACAGAGCCUCGUCUGAAUCUAUGGUUUUGUUUUUUGAUAGUCGAAAGAAAAUUGAUGAGAUCAUGUUGUUGUAACUGGACAUAGGGAGCUAAUAGCCCUAUGUUUAGUAUGUUUGUUGUAACAUUUCAUCAAAAUAUAAAUGAAAUGCAGCAUCAAAUUUUCAUAGUAGUCAA